CUCCGAAUGGAGGCGGAGCUGUGGUUGAGCAUCAGUAAUCAAGGUAUAUGGAUGGCAUGCAAAUCUUUUUCAGGUUAACCAAGUAGAUUUCACUAUAAUAAAGCCAUGCCAAUGCAUGUGUGCGACGCUGCCUUGUCGUUGGACACCCAUACUACAGGAGGCGCUGUGUCCGGAGGUCCGCACAGGGAGCGCUGUCGCUGGAGGUCUGCUGCCGCAGUGCCGGGCCGGUCGACGUGAGGGAGGAUCAGGACUGCUGGCGGCGAGAGAUCCGGCUACGAGGUGUGACCCGGUCUCCAUGGCCGUCAGCUGCAGACUCGGCGCCUUUCUCAACCUUCGUGCCGUGUCGCGAGCUUACGGUCACUCGGUGGCCGGACGCCUCAGGCCCUGCUUCCCUCUGCCGCCGCUGAGGGAGCCGCAGGCCCGAGGCUGGGCCGCGGGCUGGAGUAGAGCGAGUGCCGGGCCGCAGCGUUCAUACACGCAGCAGGAGUCGCAGCAGCCUUUCCAAGACGAGGAGUAUCCCCCACUUCCUGACUAUGAGCCCUCUCUAUUAGAAAUGGAUCAAAAUGUGUUUGUUGUGAAGGCUCGUGGUUUGCCCUGGUCUUGCUCUGCGGAGGAUGUGCUGGACUUUUUCUCAGAUUGCGGUGUGGUGAAUGGUGUUGGAGGUGUGCACUUCCUGUGUAACAGAGCCGGCAAGCCAAGUGGAGAAGCAAUUAUUGAACUCCAGUCUGCCGAAGAUGUUCGGAAAGCUUUGGAGAAGCACAGAAAGUACCUGGGACAACGUUACAUUGAAGUGUUUGAACUAACCAACAGUGAUGUGGACUUCCUUCUGAAGCGACUACACUCCAGUGGUAAAGAGCUGAUUGAUGGUAGUACCGUGCGCCUGAGAGGCCUUCCAUAUAGUUGCACAAUGGAGGAUAUCACUCGCUUCUUUGCUGGUUUGGAGAUCGUAGAAGAUGGUGUGACUCUAACCAGGGAUCACCGUGGCAGAAACACUGGGGAUGCUUUUGUUCAGUUUGCAUCUCAGGAAAUGGCAGAGAGAGCCCUGGCAAAAGACCGAGAAAUGAUAGGAUCUAGGUACAUUGAAAUAUUUCGAAGCACCAAGAGUGAUCUUCGUUUAUACAUCCGUCCCUCGAAGAAAAUGCCUCGCUGUCCUACUGCACAGGAAACUGCAACUGACAAUGAGAGCUGUACUGUGGUAAACAGUAGCAGUGAUAAUGGAGAUAUGAUGGAAAGAGAUGGUAGAGUCCAGAAUGUGCAGCUGCCAAAAAAUGAUUUGGAAUCUAAUCACUGUAUUCAAAGAUCUGAUGUACAUAAUGUGCAUAUGAGGGGCCUACCAUUUCGGGUUAAUGGACAGGAUGUUGUUAAAUUCUUCCAGCCUUUGAAGCCAGUGCGGAUUAUUGUGGAAUACGGACCUGACGGAAAAGCCACUGGAGAAGCAGAUGUACAUUUUGCCACACAUGAAGAUGCUGUUGCUGCCAUGACAAAAGAUAAAUCGCACAUGCAACAUCGCUACAUAGAACUCUACCUGAACUCGUUUUGCUCGGGGAUUCCUGUCAGACAUAAUGAUCAAGGAAAUCAAGAGAAAGGUACUGAAGAGAGGUAAACGAUCACUGAUUUGGAAAUGGCUCUGCCUUUGGUAGUGAAGCUUUCCACUUGAGCGGAUACCUAAACACUAGGCAAAACUAACAAACCUGGUUUUGGAGCUUGAAGUUGUAUCGAAACCAGUUGGAGCAACUGUGACCUACUCAUUGAUAUCAUUAACAGAAGAAAUUGAUUUUUGUUUUGGUACUCCAAGUAGCCUGUAUUGCAAAUUAUGCCUCUUGUAACACGUUUUAAUGUUACAUUACUUGAUAAAAUAAAUCCAGGCAUUUUAACAAGUUUA